AUGGAGAACGUUCGCAAGAUAAGAUUUCUCAUGCCCAACAUAAUAUGUUCAUUCCAGCUAAAAUGCAGCGUUGAUUUGCUCAAGCUUCUCAUUCUCCUCAUCCUGCUCACGUCGCCCCGCCUCGCCUCAGCGCAUCCACCUAGGCGGCUCGGCCUCCUUCAGUCGCGGAUUUUGCUCCUUGGUGAGAAGAGGUACACCACCGCCUACGAGAGUUACGGCUUAUGCGCACUGGAAGCUGCUGGUGCCCGGCGAGAAAAAGGACCACCGUCGCUUUACAUGGACCCUUCUUCGAGGAAUCAAGAUUUUAAAAAAUCCAUCAAGGAAAACAAAGAGAAGGUCGAAAAACUGAAAGGAGUCAAAGAUCUAAAGUUAGGCUGGAAGACAUUUCAUUUGGGAGCUUUGAGAUCGCGAAAUAGCGAAAUGCAGAACAAAGCAGACUACCUAGCAGUUGUAUAA